AUGACCCUCUCUCCCGGACCAAGUUCCUCAUCGACUCUGGUGCAGACGUCAGCAUUCUCCCUGCCCCUGGUGUACACCGGACUGGACAUCAAGGGUCGGAAGCUGCUCGAUCCUCUCACCUCAGUCACAACAAAGGGACAGGUCACUCAUGGUGAGAGCACACAGAUCUCCCUCGUCAAGGCAGACCACCAGUUCUCCUCCCUGCUGAAGUCCUUCCCUACGCUGACGCAGCCCCUCACUUCUGACCGUGGCAGCCAGUUCGAGUCCAGUAUGUGGAACAAGGUGAUGUCACUACUAGGCAUCCAACGCUUCAGGACAGCCAGUUACCACCCGCAGGCAAACGGCACCGUUGAGAGAUUCCACCGUCAGCUGAAGUCUUCCUUAGCUGCCUCUGCCACACGUGCAGACUGGUCCCAGGCACUCCCUCUCGUCCUCCUUGGCAUACGGACAUCACUAAAGGAAGACCUACACCACUCCUCCGCCGAGCUC